AUGACCAUACAGCCAGAGACCACCGAGAGCUCGGACAGCGGCUUCCCCAGUACCUCCGUCAUCGUGGUCGCAGUGGGGCUUGUGGUCCUCACGGGCCUCGUCUUCCUCCUCGUGGUGCUGCGUCGCGGCAGGAGCUGUCUCGACCAGACCGACAGCGAGCCGCCUACGUCACGCGCGCCCCCCGACAACUCGCGCUUCUGUAUGAAGCGCACGACGUUCGCCGUCCCCGAUACGAACCGCGCUGGUCUCGGAGACAUCGACUCAAGCGGCUCCGUGGUUCCCGUGCUGGGGGACGACCCCAGCCACCGGAAAAUGCGCGAGAACUCUCGACUGGAGUCGGGCAACUCCUGGGCUGAGGCCACGUCCUACAGCGUCGCUCCUCUCAGUAGCCGCCACACAAGACCGGCGCCGCCGAUGCUAAUCUACGCUCCAGUCCGUCGACACGGUCUCAACGACAGCCAGGCGGCGAGUGACUACAGCUCACACACGGACGACUACUCCAUCGGCAUGCUCGAGUCGCCUGUGUCUACGGAAUACAGCUUCGGCUCGGAGGGCGACGACAGAUUCCCGUCCACUCCCUGGGAUGAAGUUGACUCGUACCGAAGUCUGGACUGCACAUUCCUGUCCACGACGUCCUCGAACGUCUUUGGCUCGAACCGUGAUCGGAGUGGCGGCGCCUGGAAGAAGGUCUACGGCCCCACCGAUGAUUCCCCGACGACGGACUCGGACAUGCCACGCUUGUCUUCCGGGUUUCUCUUCGUGCGGCAGAUGGACUCGCACAACAUGAGACGUAUGCGUCUUGACACGUGUGCCCAUGGAGCUCGAAACAAUAACCUCAUGCGAUUCGAUGUCGAGGUAUGA